ACAGUCAACAGGAGGCGUGUUAUUGCUGUGCGCUUUUGAACAUAGUUAGGCUGCUUUACUCCGCAUUUUGUAACAAAUCAGCUAAACAUUUUAAUUUACAUGUAAUUAUUUAGUUAUCAGUGUGAUUAAGCUGUGAUUUAAGACGCGUUGACCAGGUAAAGUAGCAGUAGAGUAACAGUCCACAGGCAGAUGUGUUAUGCCUCCCAAGAAAACCGAGCGUAACGUUAAACAGGAUGUGCCGUCAUUACCAACACCACCCGGCUCCGACAAGGACAGUUUGUUGCAAAAAGAGUACGACAUUCUGACCAACACACUGCUCAAUCUCAAGAAGAAACUAGAACAGCUACGGAAAGAGAACGAGUUCCUUCAGAAUGAAGCCAACCAGACGCGCAUGGAGAGUCACGAGUACAUGUCAUACAUGUCCAAGAGGACCCAAAAGCGACAGAAGGCUAUAGUCACGCUCAGUGACCAGAACCAUCAGCAGCUGGAGAGCCUGAGAGAGCAACGAGAUGAGCUCUUUAGAAAAUACGAGGAACAGGCCAGCGAACUAAAGCAGAAAAUUCUGGAGAAGGAAAAUGAGCUUGCUCUGCUAAACAUAGAGAUUGCUGAGCUGAGAGAAUUCAAGAGCCUACAGCAGCAACAGCUCGGCUGUAUCGCCGAACUGGAGAAGGAGGUGGUGGCCAUGCGCUGCCGUCACUCAGAGUCGCUGCAGGCCCUCAAGUCUGACUUCCUGAGGGAGAAGGAGCGCUAUCAGGCCCAGGCCCAGCAGGAGGUCAGCAACCUCGCCCUGGCAGCGAACAAAGAGGCGUCCGAGUGCCUGCUGUCCCACACACAGGAGGUGGCAAUGGAGAACCGGGAUCUGCGGGCGCAGCUGCAGGAGCUCAUCCAGCGGGCAGACGCCCUGCACACCCACCAGGACCAGCUGCAGGCCCAGCAGCACCAGCUGCUGCUGGAGAAGGAGUAUGUGCAUGAGCUCCGUCGGCUGCGCGCAGCACCGCACUCCCACUUCACACCACAAGGUGGCGCUGCUAGUGUCCAGGUGGAUCCAGCAGCAGCCGCUGUCACCACUACUGCCACCACCACUGGUUGCUGAGCUAGGUACACAGGGAUGUGACCAGGCUACAUUUUUUUCUUUUUUUUCUUUUGCACUUCUCACCAGUAUAUGAUUUGAGCACAUUUUUGGAAUUGUUACGAAGUAUCAUGAUAAACCACUCUUCUGAAGUAAAA